AUGCUCCGGCGGCCCUACAGAAACCGGCACAGCACUGAAAGCAACUACACUCCAAUAGAGAUGAACAAAAACAGAAGCGGUCAGUGGAUCUUCUCCACACACGGACAGCUCCUUUUCAAACCGCUGCCUCUGCACUGGGACUCGGGGCCGUCUUCAUUGCAGCACACAGGAACUCCGCUGCCUCAUACGGGAUCUUUCUUUUUGGCACGGGAACUUUCCAUUGAGGCCCGCGGCCUCUGCGGUGAGUGGACUCAGGGUUUGAGGCUCUCAGGCUUAGUUUCUCCUUGGCAUGUAGGAUCUUAG